AUGCCCGUAAAUUGUGAUCAAUGGUAUAAAGUGGUAAUAAGUAAUAUAUCUGUCUGGGUGUGGUGGAGAGCAGCGCCUACAGGAUGUGGUCAAUGGUACUGGGGUGUGAGCGGCAAGAUCGAGCUGUGGAAUAAUGUGGACCCUGGCGACAAAAACUGGUACUACAUCGACGACCAGGACUAUGCUGUGUGUGUCCGCUGGGAGGCUGGCUACUGUAGUGUCACGUACUCUGAGGCUACUAGAUUCCAACCUCGGUGUGAUGACUUGUUCGAGAGGCCUGGUGAAACUAGUCUUCAGGACGCGUGUAUUAACAGCCCUCCUUCUGACCCA